AUGGCCGAAAAUAUUCAGUCUUACACCCUAGCAAACGAGGGAAUAGAUUUGACCAGUGAUGCCUCACUAUCUCCAGAUGUAGAAAAACUUCGAGAUCCAGAUGAGCUGCUGGGUUCGUCUGGCGAAGCCCCCUACUACAUUACAGAAAGCCAUCGAAGAAAUAAGUGGAGCAUUGGUUUUGUUAACGAAUUGUCUACCACUCAGGUGUUUGCAAUAUUGUUUCUGUGCGUGCUCAUUUUUUCCAUUGCAAGAAAAACCCUUUGGCGCCUAAAUCGUGCAGCUAAUAUACCUGCAGAGCCGGCGUCAGCGUCACAGCUGCCCAAAUUUGAUGAAGUUCUGAAGGAAGCACCCAAGCAUGUUGGAUAUAUGCAACCCUACAGGAAAGUGGCCAAGGCUUAUAAGAAUAUUGGGCCCCGCCAGGUACCCCGCAAGAAUACUAAGGAUCUGCUGCCCCGCAAGCAUAAAUUACAGUCUCCUAAACCUCUUCAGGCCCAACAGGAGGCUCCCAAGUGGGCUGAAGAUUUGGAGAUCAAAACAAAACCACCAGAGUCUGCUGAAGAUCAGAAGCCCUGCGAGGAAUCUUCCCAGUCUGCUGAGGUUUUGGCGUUCCGCAAGAGAAAAGCCAAGUCUGACGAAGAUUUGCAGCCCCACGGAAAAAAGCCCAAGGUUGCUGAAGACCUGAAUCCCGAAUUAGAAACACCCGUGUAUAUUGAAAGUCUGAAGCCCUACGAGGACGAAUUCAAAAAAGCUUCAUUAGAAUUCUUUAACCAUUGGGAGUUAUCGUCGCUAGUUGUAAAGGGAGCCUUUGCAAAGUACUUUACACCCCAAAACAGCAGAAGCCAACAGCGCGUCUCUGACCCCUCCGUUCUGUACCAGAAACACAUAUACGCGAUGAGUGCAGUUCGGCGGCCGGACCCAUCGGAUGUGCAGGGGUGUAACGAGUACAAGUUGAACUUGCUGCUGUUGACGGGAAUCUGCGGCUCGGCGGUGGAAAUAUUGAAAAUGUUGGAAAACCUUGAGAGGCUGUAUAAGACAACAAACACUCCAGUGCCAAUACUAGACUUGGGCCGAUCAUUUAAGCUACCGUCACUGCACAGUCUUCAGCAGGAAGCGCAUGUUGACGGAGUAACGGUUCCUCAGUAUGUUAAAGAAACUAAAAAAAUGCUUGCGGCUAAGCCUCUAGGAGGUGCAUUCCCUAGUUUUGCUUCAAGUCUGGACAGUGUCUUUGGAUUUGAUUUUGAAAGUGGUUUGAGUUCAGUUUUCAGUUUUUUGGGUGGAUUCGACACUAUAUUUAGACUCUUAAAAAUUUCACAGAAAGUGCCCAGGUCGUUGCUUCCAUUGCUUGAGAGUUUGGUUAAUGAGCAUUCAAUAUUAAAAGCUGGCCUGUCAAAUGCAUAUGAAAAGUUCCGCCCCUUCCUGGCGGCUCAAGGAAUCGAUGGGGACACAACUCCUGAGCAAGUUCAUCCAGUACGCCUCCUUUAUUCCGGAGAGGUGUUCGAUACCAAUCUAGCAAUCUUGUCUUCCCCUAGCAGGCAUAUAGAUAACGAGGGAGCUGAAGAGGCAUUUCAACAGCUGAUAAGCUCGGGGGCCGCUUUUUGGACUACAGAUGAAGUGCUUUCGUUUGUGCUGUUUUACCACAAUGAGAACAAGAGGAUCCCUGAAGAACUACGUAACCGCAGAGAAAACUGCGUGAAGCUCAUACGCGAGAGAAAGAUGGGUAGCGAAAGUGAUGAUUUGCAGUCUGUCGCCAGAUUCCUCAUCUAG